AUGAAAGUAGAAAACAUUGAAUUUGCCGACGCUCCAAUUUAUUACAUACAACUUCCUCGGAGAGUUGUUGAAUUGGUAUUGGUGAAGGAAAAAACUGUGGCGAUAUUUUUGGGAGAGGAACAUAUAUUGAAGGGCUGGGAAGUAGUUAUGGUGUGCCAAGCAGCGAGCCAAACAAAUUUUCGGGCAUUGAAACACGAAAAUGGGAUUGCUGGGUCUGCCACCAUUAUAGUUAGAAUUAUAGCAUGCUUUCAACCUCUUCAGGAUUGCCAGGCCGAAUAUUUCCGUCAUUUGCUUAAACCUCAAAAUACUCUUUCUUUGUUAAUGGAUCCCAACAUUAACAUGGUUUCCCCAAAUGGGACUCUGCCUGGAUAUCCAUUUGCUGAGCUACUGCGUUUGCAGGUUAGUCAGGAAAACGAAUCUCAUGGAUGGUUUUAUGGUUUGCCUCGCUUCCGACAGGCCUUAAUGCCUCCUUUAAACUCUGUUCUUAAAGAGAAAAGGCCUCUUUUGGACACUGUUCUCAGAGAGAAACUUCCCACUGCCCCUCGCUUCAGUAAGGGGGACAUCAUGCCUAAGUCAGAUUCUGGUUGUGCUCAGAAAAGAUUCCUUGUUUUUGACCAGUCAGGCGAUCAAACAACUUUGAUCUUUAGCUCUGGAAUUGGGACGCCCGUAGAGGGUUUCAAGUCUUGGAUCCCAAAACCAACAGUUGCCUUCGAUUUGAAUAGGGAAGAUCCUGGGGCCAAAGAAAAUCAAAAUUUUCAUCAGCCAAUAGCAACUGACGAAUUUGUUGAAGAUGAUGGGAUUGAUAUGCAAAAUGAUUCGCAUGAGGACACUGAAGAACUGAAUGCCUUGCUUUACUCCGAUGAUGACAGUGACUACACUGAGGAUGAAGAAGUUACUAGUACAGGUCAUUCGCCUAGUACAAUGACAACUCACGAUAAGCGAUAUUGGUCUGACGGAAGUACGGAAGAGGUUGCUAGUUCUGAUGGUUCAAGUAAAAAGAGAAAGCUGUUUGAUGGAGGUUAUACUAAUGUUCCAUGGCUCAUGGACACAGCUAGUUCUGUGAAACCCACCAGAGGUUUUGAGUACGAGGAUGAUGCAGAAUCCAGGUGUGGCAAUGGCACAAAUUCGGUGUCAGAUGCAAUGGGUUCAGAAUCAGGCAGCAAGAGGAUUAGAAAAGAGAGAAUUCGUGAGACUGUGAGCAUUCUACAGAACCUAAUUCCUGGUGGAAAGGGCAAGGAUGCAAUUGUCGUUCUUGAAGAAGCUAUUGAGUACUUGAAGUCGUUGAAGUUCAAAGUGAAAGCUUUAGGACUUGAUGCUCCAUGA